UCGGUGGGUGGGGACGGUCAUUUGUCGGCUUUCUGGACACACAGAGACAGACAGGAUGGAUUUCCUCCGGCUCCAUCUUCCUGGGCUGCAUCAGGCCUUGAGGGGGGCAUUGGAUUCCCUCAGCACCUUUGUCUCCUACCUUAUGGGCGAUGAGGUCCCCAUUGUAGAGAGGAGGGAGGCAAGGGCAGCUGAGGAACUGGGGGAGGUGGCUGCAGGAAGGCCAGAGGAGACUGAAGAGAAGGGAGCCCAGGAGGCCCUUGAGGGCCUUGGAGGCAGCCAAAGCAAGGAGGGUGGAGGGCUGAGAGAGCCUAGAGAGGCUGGAAGGUACCAGGAGGGAGGUUCAGCUACAAAACAGACCUGGGAUUGGGAAGAAGGCAGCUCCCAUCGGUCUCAAGCAAACAGGCAGCUCACUGGGGCCUGGGAAGCAGCCAGGGCUGCCAGGUGCCAGGAGCCAAGUGCCCACUUGGAGGCCGAAAAGACGUUUGAGGCAGGGUCUAAGGCUGGUCGAGGCAACGGCAGCCAAACCCAGGAGAGUCGAGGGCCCAAUGAGCAGGAAGUGAACAGAGAGGAGACACGGAGAACCUGGGAACAGGAGGAGGAGGCGGAAGAGAUCAGGGAAGGGAAACCAGGGGUGGCCGGAAAGGCGGAGUCAGAGUGGACCUGGCAGAGGGAGCCCGAGGGGAAGGUAGCAGGGGACAGCAGGGAGUCAUUAGAGCAGGUGUUCAAGGAGGCAGUUGCAGAGGAGAUCCAGGCGCCUAGGGCCAAAGAGGCUGGGAAGGAAGGAGAGGUGAUGGUGGUCCUACGGGGUAGCCAAAGCACAAGGGUAGAGAAAACACGGGAGUCAGGGACAGAAUCUGAGGCUGGGACAACCUCAGGCAGGGAGGAGGAGGCCAGGACAGCCUCAGGCAAGGAGGAGGCAGAGACAACCUCAGGUGGAGAGGAGGAGGCCAGGACAACCUCAGGGGGAAAGGAGGAGGCUGGGACAGCCUCAGGCAGGGAGGAAGAAGCUGGGACAACCUCAGGGGGAGAGGAGGAAGCCGGGACAACCUCAGGCAGGGAGGAGGAGGCCGGGAUAACUUUAGGCAGGGCAGAGGCCGGGACAACCUCAGUUGGGAAGGAAGGUAACCUCUCAGGAGCCAGGGAGCCAGAAUAUGGGGGAGUAGUCUCCGGAGAAAGGAUCUCAGAGGGCACUGGGAGGACCUGGGCAAUAGAGGAGGCCACCAGGGAAGACCAGGAGGAGGAGGUGGAUGAGAAGAGAAAGGCUGAGAUGAGCGUUUCCCCCAAACAGAGCCAGGCUCUAGGAACUGAGGGUGUGGAGGAAACAGUGAAGGACCAGCUGGCAGGGAGGGAGUCUGCAGGAGGCCAGGGGUCAGAGGAGGAGGGAGAGGGGUUUGAGGUCCAGGCAGAUCGGGACGGGGAAGAGGCCGAGGGGAGGCAAGCCUCAGUGAACAGGACUGUUGCCCUUGGUCUGGAGGAGGUGGUGCAGGCAGAGAAGGCCAAAGAGGAGGGAGAGAGUUGCUGGAUCGCGGAGGCCGAGUUGCCCAAGAACAAAGUGGCAAACGAGGCUGAAGGCGAUGCUGGCUUGGAGGCAACCCCGGAGGCCAGCCUCGAGAAGGAGUGCAGGGGGGAGAAGAGCAAGGGGGAGGCUCGGACAGGUGGAGAAGGGCUGGCGUUGGAGGGCAGUGGCCUUGAGCACAAGGUCACCGAAGGCCAGGACCCUGAGCUGAUGGCCGCCCCCCAGACGCCAACAGAGCAGCCUGAGGAAGGACUGGGGGAAGAGGAAGAGCCCCGGGGCAUUCCAGCCCUGAACAAAGAGGAGACAGAAAGGAGCCUGGAGGAAUACCCCAGAAACCUGGGGUAUGGAAAGCCUGGUGCCUCUGGGACUGAAGCCCAGAGGAGGGACUUGGAGGGAGGGGAUUCCCACAAAGAAAAAGCAGAUGCUGAAGAGGGGGAGGAGGAGGCUGUAGGAAGCCAGGCAUCAGAGGAGGCCGAGGAGGCCGAGGGAGGCCAAGAGUCUGCGCUCCCAGAUGUCCUGGAGGCAGGUGGGGAGUGGAAGAAAGCCGAGGAAGCAGGGUGUGGAGCAGAGGAGGGAGAGGCCCGCGGAGCACAGAGCCAGGAGCCAGGUGGAAGGUUCAGCGCAGGGGCAGGGGCAGGUCGGGCGCUGGGGGAGUCAGAUGCCCGAGACACCGAGGAUGAGGAGGCAGAGGCCACGGUGCCCUGCAGGGCAGACACGACAUCCAGCGGAGUCUGGGGGCUGGAGGAGGCGGCUCUGAGCCUCCAGGACAGCGAGGACACAGGGGUCGGUUCUUUGGCCGCUGAGAUAGCGGGGGACAAGGCCGAUGGGAGGGCUGCUGUGCCUGGGGGAGGGCCCAAAAGAGAGGCUGGGGAAGCUUGGGAAACAGAAGGGAGGCAGGAGGCUGGGGGAGGAGAGGAGCUGGUGGAGGCUGCGUGGGAAAAAACCCGAGGGGGGCCAGAGUUCGGCCCGGAGGGCUCAGCAGACAUGGAGGUAAAUAGCAGAGGGGGCCCAGAAGAAGCUUUUGAGGCCGGAGACGGUGAGCCCAGGGGAGAGUGCGCAGAGGUCAAGGAAUCUGCAGUGGCAGAGGGAAGCUGUGGGAUGGACAGCUUUACCUGGGGUUCCCAGGUGGCGAGGGCAGAGGGCGCCACGGCCACCACGGUAGAGGCCGAGGGGCUCCCAGGAGGGCAGACGCCGCCGUGGGAACAGGAGGCUGCGGGAUGGCGGUUAAAGGAGCGGGGGCGAGGCGGUGAGGGGCAGCGUGGGGACCUCCACCCUGAGGAAGAGGCACAGAGGCCCCUUGACGUGGAGGGUGUUGAGGUGACUGAAGACCAGAGGGCAGCGGCCAAGGAGAUUGUUCCAGAAGGCCCGGAGGACAUCCAGGGCCAGGAGGACCGGUCAACAUACCAGGAGCCUGGGCCACGUGGGGAGACGGCAGCAAGUACCGGAGGGGAUGCUCACGGCAGCUGGAGUGAGGCCCUGCUUCCUGGGUCUCGCCUGGACGUCUCUGUCUCGCGGAGCCGUGUACUCCUGUCUCGAAGCUCCUCCCAGCGUCGCUCCCGGCCCUCUUUCCGACGGACCCCCGCCCCUGAGCGGCAGGAGGAGCCUCCCAGCCCCCCCCCUGAGGAAGAGCCGUCAGCCCCCGAGCAGAGACUUCUCCGGCCAGAGGAACCCCCGGAGGCAAGCCCCCCAAGGCCUGAAGGGACCCCACUGCCAGCCAGGAGAAGGCCCCUGGGACACGGGUUUGGCCUUGCCCACCCCGGCAUGAUGCAGGAACUGCAGGCCCGACUGGGCCGGCCCAAACCCCAGUGAGCGCCCCGAGCCCCUGGGAGCCGGGCCCUGAAUGAGCGUCAGAAGGAUCCACCAAAUCCUGCUCGGCCUAUCUCCCUCCGCCACUUUGGACACACCCUUUUCCACCGUCUGGGCCUUGGUUUCUUGGUGUGUCAAGCUCGGAGCAGACAGAGGCAGACAUCCUCGAGAAGCGUGAACUGGAGGAGUCUGACUGCAAUGUGGCUGAUGGACACGCCCCCCCCCCCCCCAACCCCUGGCCCGCUGGGAGCGCGCCCCUCACGGCCCGUCCUGAUCACGCCUCCGCCUCCGGUGCAUCUCUGCUGUCUGCAGGACUGAGGGGACAGUUCUCUUCAUGGCCUUCCCUCCCCGACCUCUCCGGUCCCCACCCAGGCCUCCAGAGGGCAGUGCAGUGAGAACCCAAAGCUCGGCGGGGUGGGCGCUAGCCCAGAGGAGAGGGGUCAGGAGGCCCUCUGGACCUCCAUCUGCAACCAGAGGUUGAUGGGAGGCGGAUCAGUGGCCUUGAGCUUUGAAAAACUCACGGCUCUGCAGGUUACUGUGGCAACCACCAGCCCAGCAAGCCAGUCUGGGGGAAGGUGGGCCAGGAGCCCCCGAAAUUUAGGAGCAGAGAGGGGUCCAGGGUGGCCAGAGACUACAGACCCCUCCCCCCCCCCAGACCCUUUUGUCCUUUGGCGUCAGGCACCCCUUCUGGGAAAAGAAGCUGAGGCUGAGAGAGGAUGACAGUGCUUUAUUCGGCACCCCGCACGGUGGCCUAGCCCGGGGACAACUAGCCGGCUCUGAAACAAUAAAUAAACCAUCAUUUUCCUAAACAAUAAA